AUGUUAUUUGACAAGGUGAAUUUUUUGUUCCUUCCAAAUAAUGAAACAGGAUCUAUAGGUGUAAUAUCUAAGUCCAUCAUACAAAAUGGCGGUAAAAUAAUUUCAUCUUAUAAAGAAAUUGACCAAAAUACUGUGGUAUUAAUAAAUGACACAUAUAUAGAUACUCAAGAGAAUAAACUUAUACGCCAGGAACUAUUUAGAAGAGAGUUUACUCUUGAAUAUGAUAAGUUGAUCCAAAUAAUAGAAGCAAAGGGUCUGAAAUGUAUACCCACAAGUACUAUACCCAAAUGUAUUGAGGAAGAUAAAUUAGACCUAAGCCAAUAUUCAAAAAUGUCUCAAUUAUGUGGAAUCAUUCAUAUCUCGGAUGAAUCGAGACCCUUAUCCAGUAAUAAAUCCUCUGAGGAAAGUACAGAUGUGUCCUUUGAUUCAACAGAUUCAAAUAGCCGACCAUACGCUCAACUUAUAAAUGUAUCGCCAGCGCAAGAGGAAAAGAUUGGUAAAUCCAAAAUUAUGAGAACUCAAAAUGACAACAGACUCCUGAUUAAUGCUAUGGGGAAACUGUUCACGAAAUACAGUUCUGAAGGUGAUGUAUUCCGUGCACGUAGUUAUAAAUUGGCGAAAGCAUCAAUUGAGAAUACUCCCUUUCGAAUCAAAUCUGGAGAUGAUGCACGGAGGAACCUUAAACAUAUAGGACCUAGUAUUGCCAGGAAAAUACAGCUUAUUUUGGAUCAAGGGUAUUUGGCAGGUUUAAACGAAACUUUGGAGUUAUCAAGUCACUUGAAUUACUUUAUGCAUUGUUACGGCGUAGGAGCAAAUCUUGCAAAACGUUGGGAUAUCUUAAAUCUUAAAACGUUUGAUGAUGUUGUAAAAAAUUCACCUCAUGAUAUUCUUAAGCAGUGGCCUAUUCUUCUAGGAUGGGCUUAUUAUGAGGAUUGGGGGAAGAUGAUACCCCGAAAAGAAUGUGAGGAACAUCUUAAAAUUGUUCGAUCAGCAUUAAGGCAGAUAUCCUCAAAAUGUGAAGUUGAGAUAUUAGGCAGUUAUAUAAGAGGAAAAGAAAAUUGUGGUGAUAUUGAUCUAUUAUUUUACAGUAAAGAUUGUAACGAUACAGGGGAACUAGGGCCAGUUAUGGCAGGUGUCGUUUUAGAAUUAGUCAGACAAAGGUAUGUUCAAUGUACUUUACAGAUGGACUCAAAUAUAGAGGAGUAUAUGGGACCCAUGAUUCAAGAAUUAUUCGAAACAUGUAAAAUGCAAGUAUCAAAAGCCACAACUCACCAUUGGAGAGAAGAUAAAAUUCUAAAGAAGUAUUUUCUGGGGGUGAAAUUGGAUCAAAAUAAAUACCGCCAGUAUUAUUCAGAUAAAUUAAAUGAAGAGUGCAAAAAACUGGAAAAGAUAGACAGCUAUCUGUCAAAAAGCUCAAAUAAUUCCCCAGAUAUGCCUGUCUGUCGGCGACUUGAUUUCUUUUGUUGUAAGUGGUCUGAAUUGGGUGCUGCGAGACUUCAUUACACGGGUUCUGGUGAAUUUAAUAGAUGGUUACGGUUACGAGCUAUAUCGCAAGGUCUCAGUCUUACGCAACAUGGUCUUUUCAAAGAAAAUAAACUUAUUGAAAGUUACGAUGAAAAGAAUAUCUUUAAAUGUCUUGGAUUGAACUACAUUGAACCUCAUAAUAGAACAGAAGGACAAUGGGAUCGUUAUAUAUUCAACACAGGGUCUAAUAUAUAG